AUGUCGGCACAUAUAGUGCCGACUACGGGCCGUGCAGUCUUUGCCCACUACAUGGUCGGCAACAUCACAACCGAUCAUAUUCAUCAAGACGUGGACGAUGCCGUUGCUAUGGGCCUUGAUGGAUUUGCUCUGAACGUCCAAUGCCCAACGGAUAGCUGGGCUAAUAAUCUUGUUCUAGAGAUGGACAACUAUAUCAGAAACCAGCACUAUGACUUCGGUAUCUUCAUCAGUAUGGAUGUGUACGCAUCCGGGGGCCCCUCAUGUGGUCAGGGCCCUGCAGGCUAUGUCGAUAUGUGUGUCAAUGCUAUGGGUUAUGAUGCAUACUACAAGGUGAAUGACAAAUACAUGGUGAGUACUUAUAGCUCCGGUGGAGGCACAUGGGACACUUGGAACGCCUUCAAGUUAUCCGUGAAGAACAAUGGCAAAUAUGAUGUCUAUUGGAUUCCCGAUCUCGGCGACACCGAGGGUUAUUGGUCGAGUGACGCUGGCUGGUGGUAUUACUGGGGAAACCUCACCGACGGGCUGUUCAGUUGGGAAUCCGCAUGGCCAGCGUUGGGUCAAGACGCCGCCGACCAGAGCGGAGGCACUGGAGGAGUGGCUCGCGACCAGGUGAUUAUCGAUGCGGCUGAGACUGAGGGCGCCUCCUACAUGAUUCCCCUGAGCUUGAUGCAGUAUAAGAACUCGUACUCGACCAAUGUUUAUCGCCAAGGAAAGACAAAUUUCAUGCAACGACUUCAUGAUAUUCUGGAAAUCGAGAGUGAUGCGCUCGAGUUUGUGGAAUAUAUCACCUGGAAUGAUGGACCGGAAGGACAUUAUAUUGGAAACCUGUGGCCUGAGCAGAACACUGAUGCGGCACCCAACAACUACGCCAAUGACAUUUGGCCCCACAAUGCCCUCCAGCCUAUCAUCCAGUCUUUCGCCACAGCAUUCAGAGCGUCUGCUGGUCCAUCUGAUAUGCGGCCUCAGAAUGGAGAAGAUGCGGUGGGGGCCAUCUGGUACCACACGCUUGCUUUUGACGAUACCUGCCCUUUCGAAGGGAUUGGAGAAUACACGUUUUGGGAUAAACCAGCGGGGUACGAAACAUUUUCGCUAACCACGCACUGGGCCGUUGUCCUCGAUGAUACAGUUGGAGGGUACGCUCCUAGCGACCUAGAGCUCAUCAUCACUACAGCAACUGAUGACCAAGUUGUGGUGACCGACUUAAGUGCCGGACUGAACUUUGCUCAAGGGCCGAAUAUCAAUGCUGGGUACUCGGUCUCCAUGGUACUUGCCCCCAAAACAGGUACAACGGUCUUAUAUUCAGCAUCAGGAGGGAAAUGCCCCGCUUCCAGCUGCACGGAAGGUUUCUACAACCUCAAC